AUGACUUGUCGGGUCCGAACACAUGCCGCGCUUGAAGCACUGACCUCAGCUCUCGUCGGCGAGUCUCAUGGCAGAGACCGUAUUCACACUCUUGCGGACCGUAUGUGGGAAAAGACAAGAGAGAUCGCAGCUGCAGAUCUUGAUACAACCGGAAAGGUUCCCUGCGAAACUGGUCAACACGAAGUCGAAAGUCGAAAGAAAGCGAAAAAGUCAGAAGAAGGGUCUUGUACGAGCCCGGGAUACCAUGUGCCUCAUUGUGGAUGGCCACUAGGACAUGGAUCUUCCCGACGUCGACGCGGUAACUUCAUACUCCAACCAUCGGAGGUUUAUGGUUUAAGAACAGAUAUAUUACACUUGAAUUUUUUGCGACCCACAAACCGCGGUUUGACUUCACUCUUGGCUGGUGAGGGUCAUGAGGGAAAAGCUUACAAGGUGCAAGAGUCUCGUGUGUGUUUUGGUGUCGUCGAGAAGAUCGCAGGGCAGCAACGUGUUGCACGAAGGACUGGCAAAGGCCAGCCAGCAAGAAGGCAGAAAGAGGUGUCAGUCUUGCCAGACACAUGGAACUUGCCUUACAAAAAGCUUUCACCCCGCAUCGCGUACCACUUCGACGGGCGACUCGACCUCUGCGUAAACGUCAAGGGCGAUGAGGUCGAUUGUGAACGUACGGGUCACAAUCUAUUCAGGACUUUUGUUGCUGCUGUUAUUGCCCGCAGAAGAGAGGUCGCACUGGAGCUAGAGAGCUCACCACCAAGACCAACGCGUUUACAACGCAGCCUCGGACAAAGAACUAGAAAGCCGAAGCUCGCUCAGUUGCAUCUUAUGGAGGCCAGGGACACUGACCGUGGCCGCUCUGCAGCGGCUGUUGUACAGACCAGGCAGGCUGCAGCUCGGAGCGGCGGACAGCCCAGUCUAUAG